UAUCCGUUUCCUUCCGCACUGGGAGAAGGAGUGAAGAUGGCGGCGGCCGAAUCUGAUCGUGAAGUACCUUCUGCUCUGUGUACUGAAUUCCUGAAUUUCUCUGUCAAAGACACAGCUUCGAAAUGGCUCCAAGUGACUGAUCUGUACAAGGAGGUGUACCAUCACCUGGCCCGCUAUGUCCCAAAGAUCUACUGCCUGGGGCCCAACCUGAACCCCCAGAGUGAGGACUUGCUGGCCCAGAUGCUGCUGCAGGCCCCUCUGGAGUGGUACCUGUGUGGGGAGGACCCCUCCACGGGCCUGGCCAAGCUGGAGCAGAACAACCAGCCCUCACAGCUCUGCGGACACGUCUUCAAAGUGGGAGAGCCCACCUACUCGUGCAGGGAAUGUGCUGCAGACCCCACCUGUGUGCUGUGUAUGCAGUGUUUCCUGGGCAGUGUGCAUAAAGAGCAUCGCUACAGGAUGACGACCUCUGGGGGAGGGGGUUUCUGUGACUGUGGAGACACAGAGGCAUGGAAGAAGGGCCCUUACUGUCAGAAACACGAGCCCAACAUCAGUGACUCCUGUCAGGAGGAUCCCCUGGCCCACCUCUCAACAGACAUGAUUGCCCGCUGCUAUAAUGUCUUCUCCGUUGUGCUGAAAUACGCCGUGGACAUGCUCACCUGGGACAAGGAGGAUGAACUGCCCCUGGGCCUGGAGCCUCCAGACCGAAGUGACACUUAUUACUGCAUGCUCUUCAAUGACGAGGUGCACACCUACGAGCAAGUCAUCUACACCCUUCAGAAGGCGGUCAACUGCACCCAGAAAGAAGCAGUCAGCUUCGCCACCACAGUGGACAGAGAUGGAAGGAAAUCGGUGCGCUUUGGCGACUUCGCUUUCUGUGAGCUGGCCAAGUCGGUCAUUGUGAGGAACACGAGUCGUCAGUCCAAGCCCUUGCGGGUCCAGGUAAUGCACUCCUCGGUGGUGGCUCAUCAGUGCUUCGCUCUCAAAGCCCUCCACUGGCUGGGCCACGUCAUAGGAUACUCAGAUGCUCUGAGGAGGAUCCUGUGUCAGGUGGGCCUAGAGAGGGGGCCAGAGGGUGAGAACUCCUCCCUGGUGGACACGCUCAUGCUCUGUGACUCCAAGAUGUGGAAAGGAGCCAGGAACGUCUACCACCAGCUCUUUAUGAGCAGCCUUCUCAUGGACCUCAAAUACAAGAAGCUGUUUGCUAUCCAGUUCGCAAAAAAUUACCGGCGCCUCCAGACAGAUUUUAUGGAGGAUGACCACGAGCGUGUAGUGUCAGUGACCUCUCUGUCAGUUCAGCUCUUCACCGUCCCCACCAUGGCACGGAUGCUGAUCACCGAGGAGAACCUGAUGACCACCAUAAUCAGGACCUUUGUGGACCACCUGCGCCACCGCGACUUGCAGGGCCGCUUCCAGUUUGAGCGCUACACCGCCCAGCAGGCUUUCAAGUUCCGCCGCGUCCAGAGCCUCAUCGGAGACCUCAAGUAUGUCCUCAUCAGUCGGCCCACAGAGUGGAGUGACCAACUCAGGGAGAAGUUCCUGGAGGGCCUGGACACCUUCCUGGAGCUGCUCAAGUGCAUGCAGGGAAUGGACCCGGUUGUGAGGCAGGUGGGCCAGCACAUUGAGAUGGAGCCUGAGUGGGAGGCAGCCUUCACCCUGCAGAUGAAGCUCACACACAUCAUCUCCAUGAUACAGGAGUGGUGCGCUACAGAUGAGCGUGUGCUGAUUGAAGCAUAUAAGAAGUGCCUGACAGCCCUUACACACUGCCACAGUGGCUUCGCCGAUGGGGAGCAGCCCAUCACACUGAGCAUGUGUGGACAUUCUGUGGACACCAUCCGCUACUGUGUGUCUCAGGAGAAAGUCAGCAUCCACCUACCUGUGUCCCGCUUACUUGCAGGUCUCCACGUUCUCCUCAGUAAGAUGGAGGUGGCCUACAGAUUCCCUGAACAGCUUCCGCUGAGUGAGCUAAGCCCCCCCAUGCUAAUAGAACACCCCCUUCGCUGCCUGGUCCUCUGUGCCCAAGUGCACGCUGGGAUGUGGAGGAGAAACGGCUUCUCAUUGGUCAAUCAGAUCUACUACUACCACAAUGUCAAGUGCAGAGUGGAGAUGUUUGACAAGGACCUCAUUAUGCUGCAGGCCGGCGCUUCCAUGAUGGAUCCCAACCACUUCCUGAUAAUAGUCCUGAGCCGCUUCGAGCUCUACCACAUCUUCAGCUCCGCCGACUGCAGGAAGAGAUACAACCGGGAGAACGCCAACAAGGACGUGGUCCAGCAGAACAACACCCUAACGGAGGAGAUGCUGCACCUCAUCAUGAUGGUUGUGGGUGAGCGUUUUGAAGCUGGUAUUGGCCAGGUGGAAGGCUGUGACGAGAUCAAGCGGGAGAUCCUUCACCAGCUUUGUAUUAGACCCAUGGCCCACAGUGAGCUGGUCAAAGCCCUGCCUGAAAACGAGAACAAGGAGACUGGUAUGGAGAGAGUGAUCGACUGUGUUGCUUCGUUUAAGAAGCCUGGCGUGACCGGCAGAGGGCUGUAUGAGCUCAGGCCAGAGUGUGCCAAACAGUUCAACCUCUACUUCCACCACUACUCCCGGGCUGACCAGUCCAAGGCAGAGGAAGCCCAGAGAAAGCUGAAGAGACAGAACGGAGAGGACACAGCCCUCCCUCCUCCGGUGCUGCCCCCGUUCUGCCCGCUGUUUGCCAGCCUGGUGAACAUUCUGCAGUGUGACGUACUGCUGGGCAUGCUGGGAGCCGUGCUCCAGUGGGCCGUGGAGCCCAGCGCAGGACACUGGUCUGAGUCCAUGCUGCAGAGGGUGCUCCACCUAAUAGGCAUGGCUUUACUGGAGGAACAGCAGCAGUUAGAGAACAGUAGUGAGGACAACGACGUCUACUUCAACUUCACCCUCAAAAUGUCCCGUCCAGGGGAAGCCCCCAGUAACACAGCCAGUGUCCUGGCCCUCCUGGAGAACCUACAGAAUGCCCCUCAUCUGGAGGUCCACGAGGGCAUGAUCCGUUGGCUCCUCAAGACGGUGGCCGGCAUCAAGACGAUGCGGGAGCGUAGCGCUUCCACUUCCACCGUGACCACCAGCGGGAGCCGCGGUCAGGAAGAGACCGCGUGCGACAAGGACAAGGCGGAGAGGAAGAGGAAGGCGGAGAUGGCCCGCCUGCGAAGGGAGAAGGUCAUGGCGCAGAUGUCGGAGAUGCAGAGGCACUUUAUCAACGAGAACAAGGAGCUGUUCCAGCAGAGUCUAGAGGAGCUGGAUGCUUCCACCUCUACCUCACUGGAGCACAGCCCCGCGUCGUCAGACGCAGCCCUGGCGUGUGUGGGCCCCAGGCGGUCACGUCCCAGGGAGAAGAGGCAGGUUGUUACAUGUAUCCUGUGCCAGGAGGAGCAGGAGAUCCGGGCUGACGGCAAGGCCAUGGUGCUGGCUGCCUUCGUCCAGCGCUCCACCGUCAUGUCCAAGAACCGCACGAGACCACCGCACGACCCCAAGCGCUACGACCCUCUCUUCAUGCACCCUGACCUGUCGUUCGGCACGCACACAGGCAGCUGUGGCCACAUCAUGCACUCUCACUGUUGGCAGAGGUACUUUGAGGCGGUGCAGGCCAAGGAGCAGCGGCGUCAGCAGCGACUGCGUGUCCACACCAGCUACGAUGUGGGGAACGGGGAGUUCCUGUGUCCGCUCUGCGAGUGCCUCAGUAACACCGUCAUCCCCCUGCUCCCCCGAACUAUGGGCUCCAGCAGUUGUGAGCAGCCUGGCCUGGGUCAGUGGCUGAAGACCAGCGGUCAGCAGAUAAAGGCCAUGCACUCUGCCCACAGGAAACUCCAGCCCGUCAGUACCGUUGAAGAGACAGUGGAAGAAGAGUGCCCUGUCCCUGAGGUUUUCACUGUGGACUACAUUCCCACGAAUCCCUACUCCAGCACCAUAAAGGAGAUGCUGGCCACUUUUGGGACAGCGACCUACAAAGUUGGCCUUAAGGUGCACCCCAACGAGCAGGACCCUCGCAUCCCCAUCAUGUGCUGGAGCAGCUGUGCCUAUACCAUCCAGUCCAUAGAGCGACUGUUGGUGGACGAGAAGAAGCCUUUAUUUGGAAGUUUACCUUGCAGACAGGACGACUGCCUGAGCUCCCUGGCCAGGUUCGGCUCAGCGUGUUGGACUGCGGCCUGUCAGCCCACCGUGCAAGGCCACUUCAUCCGACUGUUAGCAGCUUUGAUUCCAGACCCCCAGGUGGAGGCCUCCCCGUGUAUCCUGGACGUAGACAUGUUGCACCUGCUGGUAAGUGUGGUUCUGUCCUACGGGUCGGUCCACUCCCAGGACUCGUCAGGGCUGAGCGUGGACGCUGUCCAGCUGCACCUCUUCCACCUCAUCACUGUGGCUCACAUGGUCCAAAUACUACUCACUUCUGGCCCAGAGGAGGUGACCAUGGAGCAGGAGAGCGGCGAGGCGGAGCGGGGGGAGGAGGAAGGCGCCUGCCGUCUCUACAACACCCUCAGAACACACGUGGGCAGUUCCCUACCUGAGGUGGGCUCUGGUUGGCACCUGUGGCGGUGUGUGAAGACUGGCAUCCUGCCCUACCUGAGAGGAGCGGCGCUGUUCUUCCACCACCUCCACGGAGUUCCUGCACCCCCAGAGCUGCAUGCUCUGUGUCCUGGUCAGUGGGAGGUGCUGUGCGGAUACCUCAGUCUGCCCUCCAACCUGCUGCAGCUCUUCCACGGUCAACAGGAGCUACUGGAGCCCUUACUGCAUGGGUGGUGCACUCACCCAGGUAUACAGCAGACCCUUCAGGGAGGUGGUGUUCUUGUGAGUUUUCCUCGGGAGUCCAACAGCCUGAUUGACCUACCAGAUGACUACAGUGCCCUCAUAAAUCAAGCCUCCAGCUUCACGUGCCCUAAGUCGGGUGGGGAUAAGUCCCGUGCGCCCACCCUGUGCCUGGUGUGUGGCUCCAUGCUGUGUUCUCAGAGCUACUGCUGCCAGACAGAGCUGGAGGGAGAGGACGUGGGAGCCUGCACUGCUCACACCUUUGCCUGCGGAGCCGGAGUGGGCAUCUUCCUCAGAGUGAGAGAGAGCCAGGUUCUGUUCCUGGCUGGUAAAACUAAGGGCUGUUUCUACGCUCCUCCUUACCUGGAUGACUAUGGAGAGACAGACCAGGGCCUAAGGCGGGGGAACCCAUUGCACCUGUGCCACGAGCGCUACCGCAAGAUCCAGAAGCUGUGGCGCCAGCACAGCAUCACCGAGGAGAUAGGCCAUGCCCAGGAAGCCAACCAAACCCUGGUUGGCAUCGACUGGCAGCACCUGUGAUGUCUUAGGUCACAUCUACCGGAGUCGGACACACCCCUUCUCCAUGUGAAUGGGGGGAGGCACGGCACAUGGGGGUGUGGAAUGGUUGUCAAGGGAACACAGCCCCACCUCUUUCGCUCCUCCCCCCCGAUUGGAGAACCCCCCCACCUUGUCUGAGAGUGGAUGAAUGCAUGUAGGUUUUUCUCCUUUUCUUUUUGCUGUUUCUCCCUUGAAGAAAUGUAAUAUAAAAGAGAGUGUGUGUGUGUGUGUAUAUAUAUAUAUAUAUAUAUAUAUAUAUAUAUAUAUAUAUCUAUAUACACAUACACACAUCGCUCUCAAGCAUAUAGCCGACACAUCGGGCACCCAUGGACUGGCUCGGGUGUAACAUGAAUACUCAGAGUAUAACUUCUUUAUAGGAAUGCGAUUUAAUUUCUGCCUAUUCAAAUACCAUUAAAUUAUUUCUAAGGUAGAUAGCUGACGUAUUGGUUUAUUUACAGUUGGAUUUGCUUUGAUGCUAAACAUUUUUGACUCAGCACCAGGUUUUCCUUCUUGCUCUUGUCAGCCAGUGACAGCUCAUUUCAGAGUUUGGGACACAAUCUCAUCAGAUAGGUGAGGUCAGAGUGUGCCCCUUACCAGUAUUGGGAUCCAUUCAAUUUAAAUUUCAACAUAAGAGCUGAAAAAUCCUUAUUGAAAAUAAAUGGUGCUUUUCAGCUUUCGAUUUGGAAUUUCAAAUAAAGUCCUGAAAUGUAUUGACCCCCCCCCAUUAGUUACUUUCUCCAGUCUGAUGGACACCCAAAUACACAGUACUCAGAGAAUACAAGCCAAUGUAAGGAAGUUCGGUAACACACUGGUGUGAAUUUGUGUUUUACUCCUGAGUGCCUGUGUUCUGGUUUUUAAAUUUGUCAGGGUGUAUGUUGGAGUGUGUUAAGUCUUUUUGCAGGUUGAGUAUGUGUGCGUUUUGUCAGUGCUUUGUAUUUUAACACUAUUUAAAUGAACCCCUUAGCCCACAGAUAUGAGCAUUUUUAAGGCAAGGCUGUCCCUUCCUUGCUAAUGUGUGUGUGUGUGAUUGGUUCAAGUCAAUUUUAUCUGAUGUGCAUUGAUGGGGUUUGUUUGUUUUGGAAAUUGUUUUUGUAUUGUACAUUUUUUUCUGUAUGAGAAGAGAAUGCAGAAACAUAUCCCUCUACCUGUUUUUUAUGUUUUAAAUAAACCAACAUAAACCCAGUGGGUUUGCCUGACCCGACCUGGAAUAAAACUCCAUCUUAGUUAAUUUUUUGGUCAGAUAAAAGUCUUAGAUAAAAGUCUCAGAUAAAAGUCUUAGCCCUCUUAAGGUUGCCUCUGGACUGUACCAUUUUUCCACAGCUACGGCUGGGUGGACUGGCACAUUGGGGGCAAAUAUCGUCCUUAAGACUCGGAAACAGAAUAGAUUAGUCAGGCUCACAAGGCACUUUAGAGGAAUGAACACACAAACGCACACUGCUCUUUGAUGCAGGUUCUCUCUGAUGCUGGGACCUGAAGCUCCAUAUUCUUCAUCCCAUCACUCCGUUGGCAUGUUUUCCUGGUAACCACCCCCACCCCAUUCUUUGACACGCUCCCAAUAUCGAGGCUGUAUUAUUAUUAUUAUCGUGUCAGACUUGUUAAUAUGUGAAUUACUGUAUAAAUGAGUACAUUGUACUAUAUUGUAAAAGAAUACCAAAAUAAAUCAAAAGGAAAAGGAA